GUUAUAAUAUAACUUAUCCUCUCAUGCUUUUUCCCUGCCCCUUCUCCCCAAAUCAUCAGCAGUAGAAAAAGAAGAGGAAAACAUGUCAGGACACAAGUGCAGUUAUUCCUGGGAUUUACAGGAUCGAUACGCUCAAGACAAGUCAGUUGUAAAUAAGAUGCAGCAGAAAUAUUGGGAGACGAAGCAGGCCUUUAUUAAAGCCACAGGGAAGAAGGAAGAUGAACAUGUCGUUGCCUCCGACGCAGACCUAGAUGCCAAGCUAGAGCUGUUUCACUCAAUUCAGAGAACCUGUUUGGACUUAUCAAAAGCAAUUGUACUCUAUCAAAAGAGGAUAUGUUUCUUGUCUCAAGAAGAAAACGAACUGGGAAAAUUCCUCCGAUCCCAAGGCUUCCAAGAUAAAACCAGAGCGGGAAAGAUGAUGCAAGCGACGGGGAAGGCCCUCUGCUUUUCUUCCCAGCAAAGGCUGGCCCUGCGAAAUCCUUUGUGUCGAUUUCACCAAGAAGUGGAAACUUUUCGGCACCGGGCCAUCUCGGACACUUGGCUGACGGUGAACCGCAUGGAACAGUGCCGGACGGAGUACAGAGGAGCGUUAUUAUGGAUGAAAGAUGUGUCUCAGGAGCUCGAUCCAGACCUCUACAAGCAAAUGGAGAAGUUCCGGAAGGUGCAGACACAAGUGCGCCUUGCGAAAAAAAAUUUUGACAAGUUGAAGAUGGAUGUGUGUCAAAAGGUGGAUCUUCUUGGAGCAAGCAGAUGCAAUCUCUUGUCUCACAUGUUGGCGACAUACCAGACCACUCUGCUUCAUUUUUGGGAGAAAACCUCUCACACAAUGGCAGCCAUCCAUGAAAGUUUCAAAGGUUAUCAACCAUAUGAAUUCACUACUUUAAAGAGUUUACAAGACCCUAUGAAAAAAUUAGUUGAGAAAAAAGAAAAGAAGAAGGUGACCCAGGAGGAGACCGCAGAUGCCGCAGUGCCAGAGCCAAGCCAAAAUUUACAGAAUAUUUGCCUCACAAUGAAAUCAACUUUAGGGAUUAAGAUGCCACAGAAAGGGACAGAAAGCCAGCAGAUAUUAAUUUCAUUAGAGGAUGAAAACCAGCACCAGGAGUCCUCUGGUUUUAUGGCUGAAGGUGGAAAAAGUAUUUUAUCUGCCUUAGACAAAAGCUCUACACAUGGUACAUACUCAGGACCUAUAGAUGAACUAUUAGACAUGAAACCUGAGGAAGGUGCUUGUCUGGGUCCAGCAGGGACCCUGGAACCAGAAGGCACCGACAGAGAUGACCUGCUGCUGCUGAGUGAGAUCUUCAGCGCCUCCUCCCUGGAUGAGGGCGAGUUCAGCCGGGAGUGGGCCGCUGUCUUCGGGGACAGCCAGCCGAAGGAGCCAGCACUGACCGCGGCCCUGGGUGAGCCGGACCUCAGGCCCCAGCCGGGCUCGAGCUUCCUGCCCUCGCAGCUCCUGGACCAGAACAUGAAAGGCUUCCAGACCCCGCUCCAAGAGCCCACAAAGGCCGCCUCGGACCUGACUGCCUGGUUCAGCCUCUUUGCCGACCUCGACCCGUUAUCAAACCCUGAUGCUGUGGGGAAAACAGAUAAAGAACACGAAUUGCUCAACGCAUGAGUCUGCAGCCCUCGGGAGAGGGGUGUGUGCCCCCUUGGCUGCUCACCUGGGCUGGUAGCACAAAGCGCUCAGCACGCCGUUUUCACACUGACGUGCCAUUUUAAUAAACACAAGGGUCCAAGGCCCUGUUUCUAUGGGUAUCAUUAUUUACUCUUAUUUGGUAUUAAGGGUUUUAGUGUCUCUGUGUGGACGGGAACAAUAUAGGAUUGUCCAGGAGUGGUUUCCAGACCCCUGCUCCCCACCACCAUCCCAUCAUGGCUGCUGCAGUGUCACGGGGCCCAAGUUCAAAUAAAAUCAUGAGCCUACUUUGAGGCUUGAAGGGCGUGUCCUCCAGCCUCGGAGGCCGCAAGAGGCCAGCAAAGCUUCCAUGCCUCCUCCUGCACCCGCUGCCUGGAUCCCUCUUCCAGGGGGGCUGCGGGAGGAUUCCCUCUCCCUGCCAAGCCACCUUCCAGCAAGCUCCGGACAAAGCUCCCGCCAACCAAAGACACUGUCCCCGCAGUACGUGCCUGGCGGGCCAUGCGUCCUCGCCGGCAGAGGAGCCGGGCUUCUGUGUGAACCUUCCACGGAAAGCAGCCAUAUUGCAGACACCAGUGUCUCCUUCCGACCUCUCCAUGGCUGGAAUUCAAAAGCAUGUAUUUCUGGAGCCCCUUGUGAUGUUGUUUCCUUUUUUAAAAAAUUAAACAGAAAGGAUAUUUGACACACAAA